CCUAAGUCCGCUCUUCACACUUAUACCAAGUUCUGGCAAUCGAUCUUAGCAGCUAUAUUCAUUAUUAUAGCGACAUGUCAGAUCCAGAAGACCUGCCAUCAGGCUCAGACAAAGUGUCCGAUUCAUCCGACGACGUGUCUGAUUCAUCAGACGAUGAAUUCGCCCAGAUCAGGGCUUAUGCCACAAGUGACGUCGAUCUGGAUGCUAUACUGAAGCUCCUCCAUCCAAUAAACGGCGAUGAUGAUUUCAGCGUCGUGGCUUUACGCGGUUAUGCGGCACAGCAGGUUUGUCAGCGCCAUCGCGACGACGCCGACUCCACAGAUGACAUGCAUUCAAAGCUCUUUCUCAUCUUCGACCGCGACAAUCCACAGCAACAGGGCGUCUUGCUUGUCAAUCUCAAACCAUAUCACAAGUACCCAGAUGCUGUUAGACAACUACCUGAGCACGCAACCAACUGCAUUGCUUCGCUGAACAUCGUGAACACCGAGUGGCACGAAGUGCGCGGAUCCUCGGACGAUACCAAGACUGAGUUUUGGCCGGCGAAUUGGUUCGCCUUGUACAAUCUUCUCUCAAAGGGACAUGAGGAGGAUUUUUCUACUGUCGUAAAAUCGAUGAACGACGGCGUGCAAUACAUAGGAAGUGACGCGGAAGGGGAAGAACCUAAAGGAGGGGCAAGAAAGUUUCAUCGAGCAAUUGGCCAAAGCAAGCAAGAUCUUGCACAGACGAUAGCGCAACAUUCAACGUACGCGCGCGAUCACGGUGUUGAUGCCGAGAGAUUUGCAGUGGUCGACAAGGAGGAGGGCAUACUCUUUAUUCAGAUCCAAACACAGUAUGAUUCCUUUCGCUGCAAGCUUCCAGUUGCUGGAGAGCUUCUCAACUGGAUCUACAUCGGUUUUAUGACUUGGGAAGAUGCUAAAGCUUUCGCGAGCCUUGAGCGACCUGCUGCCACCUAACAAAACCAGAGUAAUGAGAAGGCUUCCGGUCAAAUGAAAAAGCAGGAAGUAGCUUGGGUUCUGUGUGGCUCCUACAAACCGCAAAACUACAUGAUUAGGAUUUGCAAAUGUGCCCACCUGGCGUAUACUGCUCGGAAUCUAAGUAUGAGAUUCCUAUACCCAAUUCAGUUGUAGUUACCAAGCUGUUGCAUGGUUUCGCUGCACGUUGAUUCCUCUAUAAGAGUUGAUACGAAUGAUUAGAAGGAAAACGGCCACGUCUGAUAGAGGUAUCGCAACAAUGGUAACAAAGAGCAAUAUCAUGAAGCUCUCCAAUUGUGACUCGCGACAAUGUCAACAUUGUUGCGAUUGAUUCGAGCCUUCGAGUGCUAUUCUAACCUCAUCUGUUGCAUUCUAUAACGGCCG